AUGGUUGCUCAAUUUCUCAAGAACCAGCAAAGGGAUGCAUACCAAUGUGAGAACAUGGGAGCUUCUCAUGGUAAGGAUAAAGAGGAGUGUAAUGGUGAUAACUCUCAUAAGCAGCAAGGAGAAGUCAACUACAUUGAUGCUAGAGAGGAAAGACUUGAAGCUAUGAUGCAACAGCUAAUGGAAAAUCAACAACAUAUGAUGGAAAGACAAGAGCAAAACGCCCAAGAGAUUGAAAACCUUGAGUUCAAAAUGGCGAACGACUAUGGUCAUCUCAACAGAAAAGAUGAUGAGAUAUUUGCAAAGCUCUUUGAUCUAACCAAUCAUGUGAAGAUGCUUGAGGUGCAAGUUGCUCAAACUGCAGAAGGUAUGAAGAGGCAAGAGGGUUUUCUUCCAAGUAAGACUGAGUUAAAUCCAAGAGUUUGCAAAGUUAUCACAACUCAGAACAAGGACGUGGUCUCACCAGCCCCUAGAGAUCAUUCAACCCUCAAAAACCCAUUGGAAUGGCCUGAAGAUGAUGAGCCAAUCUACAAGGGACCUCAUCAAAGAAAGCUGCAUAAGAUGGAAGAUCCAGGGCAAUUUGUUUUCCCAUGCACAAUCAAUGGUAUGGAUUUUAUUGAUUCCCUCUGCGAUACAGGAGCUAAUGUGAAUGUUAUGUCUAAGCUUAUAGCAGAUGAGCUUGGAAUAGUUGACAUUAAAGACUCUCAAACAUCACUGAAGUUUGGAAACGCCUCUACUAUUACCCCAUAUGGCUUUGCUCAAGAUAUAUUGGUACAAGUGGGAGGUUGUCUUGUUCCUACAGAUUUUCAUAUUCUAGAGAUGAAUGAGGAACCCCUAACGCCAUUGGUUUUUGGUAGUUCCUUCCUUGCAACAGUUGGAGCUAAUGUGGACUAUCCAAACCAAAGAGUUUCUUUCUCUAGAGUAAAGAAAAGAGUCUUUUAUCCAGCAGUCCCUACCAAGAGCUCUUAUUGUAUAACCAUUAGGAAUGGCAGCAGAUUGAGUUUAGACCAUGGAGAAGAGAAGGAGAAGCCUCAAAACGUUUCCAAGCAAGCUCUUUACAUAAGAUCUUAUGAAGUUAUCAAAUCAGUGAACUCUGAUCAUGAAAGUUGCUUAAGAGACAAGGUUUCGACUGUGAUGCCUAAAGAGUGUGAUGCAGAUAGUUCUAAGGAAGUUUUCCACCUUGAGAGACGUCCUAGAGCACCUCCAAAACCAGCACCAUCCGACACUCCUUGGUUUAGAUACAUUGCCAACUAUCUUGCUGCUGAUCAUCCACCACCCCAAUUCUUUGGCUACAAGAAGAAGAAAUUCUUACGUGAUGUUAGAAGGUACUUUUGGGACGAACCUUAUCUUUAUAAACAUUGUUCUGAUGGUAUGUUUAGAAGAUGUAUUCCAGAAGAAGAAGUCCCAGGAGUUCUCUUUGCUUGUCAUGGAUCUGACUAUGCAGGACAUUUUGCUACUAACAAGACUGUUGCUAAGAUCUUGCAAGCUGGUUUUUGGUGGCCCACCAUGUUUAAGGACGCCCAUGACUUCAUCUCUAAGUGUGAUGCUUGCCAGAGACAAGGAAACAUCAGCAAAAGGAAUGAGAUGCCACAAAACUUCAUCCAAGAAGUGGAAGUUUUUGAUGUUUGGGGAAUAGACUUCAUGGGUCCUUUUCCUUCUUCUUAUGGGAACAAGUACAUCCUUGUUGCUGUUGACUAUGUGUCUAAGUGGGUAGAAGCCAUAGCCAGCCCUACAAACGACUCCAAGGUGGUGAUAAAGUUAUUCAAGUCGAUCAUCUUUCCAAGAUUUGGUAUCCCAAGAGUUGUGAUUAGUGAUGGAGGAUCUCAUUUCAUCAACAAGGUCUUUGAAAGUCUUUGA